GCCUCACGGAGCCGCCGCCUCCGCGCCCGGCCGCGGCUCGGCGCAGCGCGUCCGCCCCGGGAGAGGCAACGGCGCCCGGAGCGGCGCCCCUCGCUGCGGGCGGGCGGGGGCAGCCGGCGGAGGAGCGGAGCGAGGAGGAUGCGAGUGCGGCGGCGCCGCCCCGGCCCCGCGCUGCGCUGAGCUAAGCCGAGCCGUGCCGAGCCGCCUCAGGGCAUGUUUUCAAGCCAUUUGUGAGGAAAUGUGGUGAAUGUAAACUUGCUCUCUUCGGGGGGGAAAUUGUGCUGAGGCUUGCAUUAGCCCUUUUGGCCACAGCCUUGCGUGGGGAAUUCAUGUCGAGCUGAUUGCUUCCCAGGACCCCUGGUCUCACAUUCACUCUGUGCUUCGGAGGAUAGAGUCCUCUCUCUCCCUCUCAUCCUGAUUUUAGAUAAUGGGCUGUGUGCAAUGUAAGGAUAAAGAAGCAACAAAACUGACUGACGAGAGGGAUGGCAGUUUAACUCAAAGCUCAGGCUACCGCUAUGGGACAGAUCCCACUCCUCAGCACUAUCCUAGCUUUGGUGUGACUUCAAUCCCAAACUACAACAACUUCCAUGCCACAGGAGGCCAAGGACUGACUGUGUUUGGUGGAGUCAACUCCUCCUCUCACACAGGGACGCUGCGUACAAGAGGAGGAACAGGUGUAACUCUUUUUGUGGCGCUUUAUGACUAUGAAGCAAGAACAGAAGAUGACUUGAGUUUUCACAAAGGAGAAAAAUUCCAGAUACUUAACAGCUCGGAAGGAGACUGGUGGGAGGCCCGUUCCUUGACAACAGGAGAAACUGGUUACAUUCCCAGUAAUUAUGUGGCUCCAGUCGAUUCCAUCCAAGCAGAGGAGUGGUACUUUGGCAAGCUGGGCCGAAAGGAUGCCGAGAGGCAGCUGCUGUCGUUUGGAAACCCCAGAGGUACCUUCUUGAUCCGGGAAAGCGAAACUACCAAAGGUGCCUAUUCCCUGUCUAUUCGAGACUGGGAUGAUAUGAAAGGAGAUCAUGUCAAACAUUAUAAGAUUCGUAAACUUGACAAUGGUGGAUAUUAUAUCACAACUCGGGCACAAUUUGAAACUCUUCAGCAGCUGGUUCAGCAUUACUCAGAGAGAGCUGCAGGUCUUUGCUGCCGCUUAGUAGUCCCCUGUCAUAAAGGAAUGCCAAGGCUUACUGAUCUGUCUGUCAAAACCAAAGAUGUCUGGGAAAUUCCACGAGAAUCCCUACAGUUGAUCAAGAGACUGGGAAAUGGGCAGUUUGGGGAAGUAUGGAUGGAGAAAGCUGAUGGUUUGUGUUUUAACUUAACUGUGAUUGCUACGAAUAAUACCCCACAAACUGUUGGAUUGGCUAAAGAUGCAUGGGAAGUUGCACGUGAUUCAUUAUUUCUGGAACAGAAGCUUGGUCAGGGGUGUUUCGCUGAAGUGUGGCGUGGUACAUGGAAUGGAAAUACUAAAGUGGCUAUCAAGACCCUGAAGCCUGGCACCAUGUCUCCAGAAUCCUUCUUAGAGGAAGCCCAAAUCAUGAAGAAGCUAAAACAUGACAAAUUGGUCCAACUUUAUGCUGUGGUAUCUGAAGAGCCUAUCUAUAUUGUCACAGAGUACAUGAGUAAAGGGAGUUUGCUAGAUUUCUUAAAGGAUGGAGAAGGAAGAGCUUUGAAGUUACCGAACUUGGUGGACAUGGCAGCCCAGGUGGCUGCGGGCAUGGCGUACAUCGAGCGGAUGAAUUACAUACACAGAGAUCUGCGCUCUGCCAACAUCCUGGUGGGCAACGGCCUAAUAUGCAAGAUUGCUGACUUUGGGUUGGCAAGACUGAUUGAAGACAAUGAAUAUACAGCCAGACAAGGUGCAAAAUUCCCCAUUAAAUGGACUGCCCCAGAAGCGGCACUGUACGGAAGGUUCACAAUAAAGUCAGAUGUGUGGUCUUUUGGGAUCCUGCUGACAGAGCUGGUAACAAAAGGGAGAGUGCCAUACCCAGGCAUGAAUAACCGGGAAGUCUUGGAGCAAGUAGAACGAGGUUAUCGGAUGCCGUGUCCUCAGGACUGUCCCAUCUCCUUGCAUGAGCUUAUGAUUCACUGCUGGAAAAAAGACCCAGAGGAGCGUCCAACUUUUGAAUAUUUACAGGGUUUUCUUGAAGACUACUUCACUGCAACAGAACCCCAGUACCAGCCUGGUGACAACCUGUAAAUCCCUGGUUUCCAGACACUGUCAUGAAUUACCAGGAAUUUCUCAGCCCUGUCCCACCUGCUCUCCACCUUCCAACUCUGUGAUCGGCUUCUCCAGAGUGCAACAUCUUCCAGCACUGCAGUGCACAGGAGGGGCUGCAGCUGGGAACUUCCACAGCCCUUGCCUAUGACCACUUGUCCUAAUAAUCUGAAUGUCCUGGAUGAAAAGGAGAAAAACACUUGUUUUUUCUUAAUCAAAGACUCCAAAACUGCAUUGUAUUGAUGUUAUGUAAACUGCAAAACCUCUGUUCAUUGUAAAUAGUAACUCAGUGCCAAUAACUGAUCCUAGUGCUUUCCUUUUUUUAAAAUGCAAAACCUAUGUGAUUUUAACUAGUCUCCUCCUGAUUCAACUAAAAGUAUUAUUUUCCAGAAGUGGCCUCUUUGUCUAAAACAUUUUUUUUUCAUGUUUUAACAAAUAAAAAAUCAGGACAGGUGUUUGGGUUUUUGCUUUUUUUAUAUAUAAAAUAUAUAUAAUAUAUAUACAUACCUGUACAUACAGUAUAUGGGUGCUAUUGCAGAGGAGGCUCAUUUGGAAUUGAAUGAAUCCUGCUGCAGCUGUACCCAGAAAGCGAUAAUUUUACUGCAGACAUGAAAACACUGGUGGGAUUCUGAAAGCCAGUGAUCUAAUUUUUGGCUUUUGCCAAGCAUGAUUUUUUUAAAUUGGAUUGCACUUUUUGUUUAUGAUUAUGUACCUGUAGAUGGUUGUAACUUUGCUCUUUCAGGAAUCACGUGCUGUAUUUACAGUAAUGUUUCCAAUGUUUGACAAGUGUGUGAUGAUUUGUUCUUGAAAUUAAAACGAACAUAUUUAAAGCAAGAAAACUACACCAUCACCGUUUGAACUGGAAAAUUGAAACUGCAAGGACUUCUUGUAUCAAAACAUGUAUACUGAAUUGUUUCAAAAAGAUUUAUUAAGCAGUGUAACCACAUUCAGAUGGUCUUAAAAUAAUAGCAUUUUAGCCAUGUCCCCCUGCUAAACUGUUGGUCAUGCAACUAGGAUUUUUCUGUUUUAUGUGUAACAUUUUUCCAUUGUAAGAUAAGUGUGUUGAGUGUCCUGUACUGCUAAUGAAAUUACUUUCUCUGUGUCUGCAAGUUCUCCAGUGGAAUUACUAUGCACUUCUUUACAUUUCAUGGGGGAUGCACAGAACAAAGUAUUACCUUUUCAGUUGUCUGUACCAGCCUUGAAUUACUUACGUUUAACCAAAAAACACAAAAAAAAAAUUCCUUUCUAUUUCUAUUGAGUUUUUAAUACUGAGUUGCAAAUUUUAAAGUCUUAAUUACAUUUUGUUAUGGUUUAUUCACAAGUUUACAUUUUAAAACUGUUUAACUUUCUUAAUUUAGUAAUUAAAAAAAAAGAGCAUUUUACAUUUGGAUAGUUGUUUUUUUGUUUAAACUGUGGAGCUAAUGGUGGACAUGAGAUUAAAAACUUUUCAAGAAGGGUUGUCAUGCCAUUUGGGGCAUCAUAUUUCAUAGGAGUAUGCAGACCAAUUACCCAUGGGACAUCAUUUCCCAAAUUAUGAAGUCAAUAUGUUUUUAAAUAGCUGGAGUUCAACUGUAAGGAAGAUGGCUGAAUGCAUAGCUAGUCUCUCCUUUCUCUCUUCUACAGCAGUUUGUUCUUUAUUAGUUCUGUUGCAUUUAACAUGAAUACUUUUACAUUUACAA